AAUUGGGCUCCCUGGUUGGCCACUGUACCCCAUUCUCCUGAUAGGACAGCAGGUGGAUCUGGACAGCAGCCAAAGAGAAUAACCUGUGACCCAGGGACAGCAGGGAUAGCAGCACUGACACACAAAACACCAGCACGGAAGGAGUAUUUCUCCUCUGGCACUUCAAAAAUGAAAAUUGAUAUUCAUAGCCACAUUCUACCUAAGGAAUGGCCUGACCUGAAAAAGAGAUAUGGAUACGGUGGAUGGGUACAGCUGGAUCAUCACUGCAAGGGACAGGCAAAGAUGAUGAAGGAUGGAAAGGUUUUUAGAGUUAUUCAAGAGAACUGCUGGGAUCCAGAAGUACGGAUUAAAGAGAUGGACCAGUCAGGAGUCACCGUCCAAGUCCUGUCCACAGUCCCUGUAAUGUUCAGCUACUGGGCCAAACCUCAGGAUACUUUAGAUCUUGCCCAGAUAUUAAAUAAUGACUUAGCUGCUACAGUAAAGAAGUACCCCAAGAGGUUUGUUGGGCUGGGCACGCUACCUCUGCAAGCUCCAGAGCUGGCUGUGAGGGAAAUGCACCGCUGUGUGAAUGAACUUGGAUUUCCUGGAGUGCAGAUUGGAUCUCAUGUCAAUGAGUGGGACCUGAAUGCCCCAGAGCUGUAUGAUAUUUAUGCUGCUGCUGAGCAAUUAAAUUGCUGUCUCUUUGUGCAUCCCUGGGACAUGCAGAUAGAUGGGAGGAUGUCCAAAUAUUGGUUUCCCUGGCUAAUAGGCAUGCCAACAGAAACAACCAUGGCCAUUUGCUCCAUGAUUAUGGGAGGAAUUUUUGAAAAAUUCCCUAAGCUGAAAGUUUGCUUUGCACAUGGAGGUGGAGCUUUUCCAUACACAGUGGGUCGAAUUUCCCAUGGCUUCAACGUGCGCCCUGAUUUGUGUGCCAUGGAUAAUAAGGUGGAUCCACGAAAAUACCUCGGCUCAUUUUACACAGACUCUCUCGUUCACGACCGGGGGGCACUAAGGCUGCUAACAAGUGUAGUAGGAGAGGACAAAGUUAUUUUGGGGACAGAUUACCCUUUUCCACUUGGGGAACUGGAACCUGGAAAAUUGAUUGAUUCAAUGGAUGAUUUUGACUAUAAACUGAAGGAUAAACUCAAGGCUGGAAAUGCUCUGGAAUUUUUGGGUCUUAGCAGAAAACAGUUUGAAUAAUUAUGAAGUCCUAAAGUGGCUAAACUUCGGAAAUAAUAUCCUUGUUAUUUCUGUUGGCAUGUGCUAUUGUGCAGAUGAAAAAUAAACCUGACAAUUAUCUGACAGUCUCUUGUUAUUUCCAAAGCAAAAGCAAGGGUACUGGAAAUGAGUAUGCACAGGUAUUGCCUGAGGAUUUAGGCUGUUUUUAAACAAUUCUGCAAAAUCCCUGCUUUCAUAAUAAAGGAGAGAUUGCAUCUUUUGCAGUUAUGAUAAGAAUCUCUGAAUUAUAAUCAAUGUCAUGUUAUUAGGACUUGAUUCCUAGGAAGGAAAAAGCUGAAAAAAUUAUGUACCCACUACAUUUCUGUCUUUGUUAUGAUGGCCAAACAGAAUUUGAAGGAAUAUUAAAACAGAAUUUAAACAAUGUUGAUGCCAAAUAAAAGGCAACACUUGCUUUUCUCCACUGGUGGAAAACGCAGCCCACCACACUCAGCUCAGCACUGCAGGUGCACUUGUGCUUUGUCAAUGUUGUGACAGGAUGGAAAAGGUCUGUGCGGGGACUUUACAUAUUAGCUGCCACCUACAGCACCGGGAACUUAUUCAUCAGAAACAAUUUGAACAAUACGGUUGUAGGUGCAGAAAUAAUGUAUUUGUGUGGGUAUUACUUGGCGUGUCACUGUCACUGUCACAAUAAAUACUAGUGUUUGGCAACA